CAUCUCUUUACUGUUGUUGUUGAUGAUGUUUAUGUAAAGUGUUACCUCAAGGCUAUCGAUGGGCAUCAACAACAACAAUUUAUCGAUUUGAAAAAACCUCCUGAUGAUCAUUGCAAUCAUUAGCAAGCGGUAGCAAGGAAUUUUUUCUCAAAAGUUUAUUUGAAUUCAAUGUCCAAAUUAAAAACAAAAACCUAAAUCAUCAUCAUCAUGAUGUCCGGUAUAAUUCGAAUGAGAAAUUAUUCAUUUCUGAGGCAACCAUUUUCAUCAAUUAAAAAUCGAAUUCAAUAUUCGCAAUCUAAAGUUGAAUUGGAACAUAUUGGUCAAAGGCCAGAAACGUCGACGGUUAAAAAUAUUGGUAAAUUAUUGAUUGCGAAUCGUGGUGAAAUUGCUUGUCGAAUCAUACGUACAGCACGACGUUUAGGUGUUGAAACGGUUGCCGUUUAUAGUGAUGCUGAUCGUCAUUCAAUGCAUGUUGCUAUGGCUGAUGAAGCCUAUCAUAUUGGACCAUCACCAGCAGCUAAUAGUUAUCUUGUGAAAGAUAAAUUAUUGAAUAUCGCUCAGCAAUCACGGUCCGAUGCCAUUCAUCCGGGUUAUGGAUUUUUAUCGGAAAAUUUUGAAUUUUCACAACUUUGCACUGAUAAUAAUAUAAUAUUCGUGGGACCAACAUCUGAUGCCAUUAAAUCGAUGGGAAUAAAAUCAUUAUCGAAAUCUAUUAUGAUCAAUGCUGAUGUUCCAGUGAUACCAGGAUUUCAUGAUGAUCAACAACAGAAUAGUGAACGAUUAUUAGAACAUGCUAAACAAAUUGGAUUUCCCGUCAUGAUCAAAGCAGUUCGUGGCGGUGGUGGUAAAGGUAUGCGUAUAGCAUUGACAGAACAAGAAUUUCUCAAUCAAUUGGAUUCAGCACGUCGUGAGGCAAUGAAAUCAUUUGGUGAUGAUAUUGUUCUAUUAGAAAGAUUUGUGCAACGUCCACGUCAUGUUGAAGUACAGAUUUUUGGUGAUAAAUAUGGCAAUUGUGUUUAUCUUUUUGAACGUGAUUGUUCCAGUCAACGUCGUCAUCAAAAAGUGAUUGAAGAAGCACCUGCACCACAUAUAACCGAAGAAAUUCGCGAAAAACUUGGUACAUCAGCUGUAAAAGCAGCUAAAGCUGUCGAUUAUCAUGGUGCUGGUACCGUGGAAUUUAUUUUCGAUAAUCGUGAUCAAAAAUUCUAUUUUAUGGAAAUGAAUACACGAUUACAGGUUGAACAUCCUGUCACUGAAAUGAUUACCGGUUUAGAUCUUGUUGAAUGGCAACUACGUAUAGCUGGUGGUGAACCAUUGCCAAAACAACAAACCGAUUUCAUUAAUGGUCCAAUUGGACAUUCAUUUGAAGCACGAAUUUAUGCUGAAGAUCCAGAAUCGAAUUUCGCACCAUGUACCGGUUUUAUCGAAUCAUUAUCAUUACCGAAAUCAUUUAUGCCACAUGAAAUUCGUAUCGAAACAGCCGUACGACAAGGUGAUGAAGUAUCUGUCUUUUAUGAUCCAAUGAUUGCUAAACUGGUUGUAUGGGCACCGGAUCGUUCUACGGCCCUUAGAAAAUUAUGUCAAGCAUUACGUGAAUAUCAUCUGACUGGUAUGAAAACCAAUAUUGAUUAUCUAUUACGACUGGCUAUGCAUCCAAAAUUUCAAUCUGGUGAUGUAUACACAGAUUUUAUAGCCGAACAUCAACAAGAUCUUUGUCGACCGGCCAUCAAGGAUGAAAAUUAUCGUCACCUGAUUCAGUCUGUGGCUGCCAUAGCAUUUGUGUAUAGACAAAAAUCGCGUCAUCAACAAUCAUAUCGCCACCGUAAUAAUGAUUGGACAUCACCAUUCAAUUCGAUUGAAGGUCCAUGGAUGAAUGGUUCAAUAGAUUCAUAUAGUUCUAUUCAUGAUAUUCAAUUGAAUUCGAUACAAGGAUUUGUGGAUGACGAUAAUUCUAAAAAUUCAAAACUUUGUAUUCAAUGUCGUGGUCAUAAUCGAUAUCAAAUCGAUAUUUUCGAUGAUGGUGGUGGUGGUGAUAACAAAAAACCAUUACAAACAUUAGCUAUUGAAGCAGAAUUUUUGAAUGAUGAAACAAAAAAUCCAGUAUCGAUUAUAACAAUUGAUGAUGAUGGUCAUCGUAAAAAAUUCGAUAUUUCGCUACAUGGUGAUCGUUCCGUUUCGAUUUAUGAUCAUAAUUUUGGUACAUUCACAUUUGAAUUACGAUUACCGGAUUUUAUUCAACAACAACAACAAUCAUCUGAUUCCUCAACGACAAUUUUUGAUGGCAAAAAUAUUACCAGUCCAAUGCCAGCUGUCAUAGAGAAAAUUGCCCAUAAACCUGGUGAUACAAUUCGUAAUGGUGAUAUAAUUGCCAUUCUAACAGCUAUGAAAAUGGAACAUGUAAUUACUGCCAAAUUUGAUGAAAAUCAAACCGAAAGAGUUGUGGAACAAGUUUUCUUUAAACCAGGUGAUAGUGUGUCGAAAAAUGCCGUUAUUUUACGAUUAAAAUCGAUUGAAUCGAUCUAAUAAAAAAAAAAUCAAUUAUCAACUGUCUUUCAUUUUGUCGUUUUUUUGAAUAAAAAUAAAUUUUAAAGUUUAUUGAAUCAAAACUAAGAAAAAAAAUUGGGCCCAACCGAAAACACCAGAAUUUUUUCGCUGUAAAAAACAAUUUAAUUUUAAAAUGUUUCUUUCAACAAUUCAAUCACGAUUAGAGUCCGAACUUCGACCUAACUUUGUUUCAACACAAUUUAUCUUGAAUCAUUUUUUGAGAUUAGAUAAUCGUUCAUUAAAGGAAAAAAAUUGCAUUUUUUAA